GAAUUGGGUUUAAUAGGACUUGCAGAUUGAUGCAUAUGGAUACUUCUUGUGUAUCUAGAUCAUGUUGUGACUCAGGAAGAUAGAUUCUCUGCAUUGAGUUGGACCAUUGGUUAGGUUUUAUGGUUCUGUGGUCGUUGAUUUAUAUCAUUUAUUUCAAACCUUAAGAGUCUAACAUGUUGUUGGGUCGGCACUGUUUCCCUUUUGCUCAUCAGUCAUAUCUAUUCUUCCAUCACUAUGCCAAUUUUCAUAUCUGAAUAUUUUUUGUUAGGUGUUGGAAAAACAUCACUUGUACACCUCAUCAACAAAGGUUCUUCUAUUGUUCGCCCAUCUCAAACGAUUGGAUGCACUGUUGGUGUCAAGCACAUGACGUACGGGAGUCCAGCUAGUUCUUCAAGUAGCAUUCAAGGUGACUCAGAGAGAGAUUUCUUUGUUGAACUCUGGGAUGUAUCAGGGCAUGAGAGAUACAAAGAUUGCCGUUCAUUGUUCUAUUCACAAAUCAAUGGAGUUAUUUUUGUUCAUGAUCUCUCUCAAAGAAGAACAAAAACAAGCUUGCAGAAAUGGGCGUCUGAGGUUGCAGCGACUGGAACAUUUUCGGCUCCUCUUCCCUCAGGAGGUCCUGGUGGUCUUCCUGUUCCAUACAUUGUUGUUGGCAACAAAGCAGAUAUAGCUGCAAAAGAAGGAACAAAAGGAAGCAGUGGAAAUCUUGUUGAUGCAGCUCGUCAUUGGGUUGAGAAGCAAGGUUUGCUUCCUUCUUCAAGUGAGGAUCUUCCUCUCUUUGAAAGCUUUCCUGGUAAUGGCGGUCUCAUAGCGGCUGCCAAAGAAACCAGAUACGAUAAGGAAGCUUUGAACAAAUUUUUCCGGAUGUUGAUAAGAAGAAGAUAUUUCUCAGACGAACAACCAGCAGCUUCACCGUGGUCUCUUUCGCCGGUUCCAACCUCAUCAUCCCAACGGUUAGACGAGAUCACAAGUGAUGACGAUCAAUUUUACAAGAGAACAAGUUUUCAUGGAGAUCCUUACAAGUACAACAACAACACAUUACCGCCACUUCCAGCACAACGCAACCUAACUCCGCCUCCUACACUCUACCCGCAGCAACCAGUGUCUACUCCUGAUAACUACGCCAUCCCGAGAUUCUCUCUUUCCAGUGUACAAGAAACAAACAACAAUGGUAGUGCAAGAUCUAAGCGAAUGGAUAUAAACGUCUGAAAAUCUCAUCACUUGUUUGCUCAUUCUCAUUCCAAGAAAAACUUUAUAUUGCCCUUUGGAUCUAUUAUUCUUUUUUGAUUUUUCUUCGUAGUAGGUGGUAAAGUGAAUAUGUGUGUAAAAACCCUCUUUGGUUUUGUACAUUGUGGGUUUUUUUUUUUUUAUCUUUAUAGCAGAUUCUUUAAAAACAGUGAAUAAUCAAUCACAAAAUCACAGUAAUGUUUGUGUUGAACU